AUGGCCACUUUUAAUGAAACCAUGGUGACACAGUUCAUCUUAAUUGGACUAUCUGAACACCCCAAAGCUCGGGCUGUCUUCUUUUGGUUUCUGUUGGUGCUGUACCUCGUCUGUGUUCUUGGGAAUGGUGUCAUUGUCCUCCUGAUUCUUGUGGACUCCCGGCUUCACACCCCCAUGUAUUUCUUUCUCUGUGUGCUCUCCUUCGUAGACCUCACUCUCAUCAACAAUACAGUUCCUGAGACCUUGGCCAACUGCUUCAUCGACAUGCCCAUGAUUUCUUUCACCAGAUGCCUGUCCCAGAUGUAUCUUGGCCUUCUCCUUGUCUCAACAGAAUGCUUUGUUCUAGCCAUCAUGGCAUAUGACCGCUUUGUAGCUAUAUGCCACCCACUACACUAUAUACAAAUCAUGAAUUGGCCAGUUUGCAUUGGUCUGGUGGGGGCAUCGGUGAGCCUUGCUUUCCUGUUAACCCUGAUCAAUGCCCUACUUCAACCUACAGACUUUUGUGGCCAACACGUCAUCAACCAUUUCGUCUGUGAGCUGCAGUCCUUCCUCAGACUAGACUGCUCCGAGAGCCACACCAGUGAGCUAUUCCUUCACAUUUCUAGUCUUUUUGUCCUGCUACCACCCUUUGGCUUCAUAGUUUUGACAUAUGGACGCAUAGGCCUGGCUGUCCAUCGCAUGCGCUCAGCACAGGGUCGUAGGAAAGCUUUCUCUACCUGCAGCUCUCACCUGGCUGUGGUCAGCGUCUUUUAUGGGACCAUCAUGAUCAUGUACUUGAGGCCACAGGAGAAAUCUGUGUCUGACCAAUCAAAGAUCAUAUCUGUGGCCUAUGGUGGUUUGACCCCUAUGCUUAAUCCUGUGAUCUACAGCCUGAGAAACAGAGAUGUAAAGGGGGCUUUCUGGAAACUGGUUGGUAGGAAGACGUUAGAUUAA